AUGCUCUUAUACUGCCUUCUUGCGUUCGGUUUGGCGUCAUCCUAUAUCGAAGUCCACUCAAACCUCCAGCAUCACUCCGAUCUCUUGACUACCGCGCCUAGCAAGCAACGCAACCCUGCCCUCGUCACAGCAAAGACUUCCCCGCUGCCCACCCCCUUAUGCCAGAACACGAUCGCUCUAACCAACCCCGCGUACCCUUGGCAGAAGAGCAGGACGAGAUCCGCGGCAAAAGAAACGCUUCGGCUCAACACAUAUCCACAGCCGCAAGACCUGCUGCGGUCUUUUGUGCUCCGCACCAACGUCAGCACCGAUAGCGCGGCCUCCGAGUCCGCAAUCCAGGGCUGGGAGCUUCAAGAACUCGUCGAGGUCGCGCGGGCCGUGUCGCGGUCGUCGAUGAGGAAGGGUGAGGAGCAGGAAUUACACCUUCAGCUGUACUGGAACCAAGCAAACGACAAGGGAAAUGGGAGGGCGGAAGCCAUGUUCACGUAA